UUGUCUGUGGAACGAACCUGUCGUUAUGUGCUCAGAAACAAGUCCUCCUCGUCUCUCUUUCUCACAUGAUCCCUCUGAACUACAAGUUUUACCAAUGAAACAAGAUGUUCCUUGUAGAGACACUUUGCUUCAGCACUCAAAUUCUGACUUUGAAUUCAGCACAAGCAGCAACCUUGAGUUUGAAUCAUCUUCAGCAGAUGAACUUUUCUCAAAUGGGGUGAUUCUUCCCAUUCACAUACAAGACAAAACCACUGCUAGAAAACACACUCAUCAUGCGGAACCUCCUUAUACAAAACUCCCUCCUCGCCCAUGUGCUUCAAGUGUUGACAAAGUGAAGAAAGAAACCAUUAGAGAACUCCUAGAUGUGAGUUCUGAACAUGAGAAAAAGCCUCAUUCCAAGUCUUUCUGGGGAUUCAGUAGAAGUAAAAGUCUCAAUUGUGAUACAAAGAAAAGCUUGGUAUGCUCUUUACCUCUUUUGUCAAGAAGCAACUCAACUGGGUCAGUGACAAAUCCAAAGAAAAUGAGUUCAAAUAAGCAGUUUUCGGCAGCAAAGUCAUCAUCAUAUUCAUGUUCUUCCUUAAAUAUGUAUCCUAUGCAAAAAUCUCCUUCAGGUAAGAGUUAUGGAGGGUCUUAUGCCAAUGGUCUUAGGAUUAGUCCUAUCUUAAACGUACCAACUCCCUGUGUUUCAAAGGGCAGUGCAAGUCUCUUUGGUUUGGGUUCAUUUUUACGUGUUGGGAAGGUUAAGAAGAGCAAGAAGUAA